AUGACUCCACUAGAAUCUAGUCUAGACUCUAGAGAGUUAUGGUCACAAAUUGAAAUAGGAGUGGGGACAUGUCAAACUUUGCGUUGUAGCGGUGUUGCCGGAUUUAUCGAAUGUGUUAGUUUAACCGAAAACAACUGGGCGGAUAUAGAAUCCCUAUUGGAAGCAUUGCAACCAGCAAAAAUAUCGGCCAAGAAAUUGCAGUCUGACCAGCUGCUUAUGACUGAUUUUUAUUGCGCAUGGUUAUUGUGCAUAGAAAAGACUGAGGAAAUAGAUUCGACAUUGGCCAAAAAUAUAGUCAAAUGUAUGAAAACAAGGGAAACAAAACUGUUGGAUAAUGAAAGUUUUUUAUCUAGUGUAUUUUUGGACCCCCUCCUCAACGGUUUGCUGGAUGAGAGUCAACAAGCAAUAGCCAAAAAGAAUUUAUGUGCAAUUUGGUACAGGUUAAACCAGUUCACUGAAAACCAAACUCAAAGGGAAUCAGAAGCAGAAUCAGAAGAAAUAAUGAAGAAACUAAGGUAG